CAAUGCGAAGUGCAUUAUGGGUCCACUUAUUGCAGUUGUCUUCGUGAUCUAGCGGCAGACAUUACCACCUAUGAGACUAUCAUGCUGAUAACUGGUUUUCCUGGAUUUAAUCUCACUGUAAACUCAAGAUAGCAGCAACUAUGGAUGCAUCUAAAGCAGAAGCCUCAACACAGAAUCAGGGAAAAGAGGAAGGUGCAUCAUCAGCUCAAGGAGAUGCUGGAGCAAGACCAAAAAAGGCAUCUUUGAAAAGAGCUGCAGAUGCCAAAGCAAAAAAGAAGCACAAAAAGGCUCGAGUGUCCAGACCUGCCCGGCCUGGUUAUACUGUCCAUCAAGGGGAAGAUAUGCUUCUCGUUAUAUCGAGUUCCACCUCCCAGUAUGACGGGUCAGUGUGGACUCUUAAGAAAAAGAAGGGGAGCAAAAAGAAGAAGUUGGCAAAAGGAAAAGGAAAAGCCAGUCAGGUCAAGAAAAAGAAGCCAGUCAAUGCCAAGCCCAAACUGGAAAGUAAACCAGUUAAAGAAAAAGAAGAAAAAGUCGCAAAUUUGUUUAUAACUCAGGAAGAAGACGACCACAGAUGGGGCCACAGCCUGCCUGAGGAGGUGCUAAUUAAUAUUUUUCAGAUUGUGGUCAUUCAAGAGGGAGCAGUGCCCUUUUUAUGCAGGGUGGGGAGAGUUUGUCGUCUGUGGAACGCCGCUGCCUCCAGUCCGAUCCUGUGGCACAGAGUGACUGUCGGUCACUGCUGGAUUGCACCAGGGAGGAGCCAACUACCAAAAACUCAGAAGAAGAUUAAGGACACUUUGGACUGGCUGGCACACAGCAGAUUCUCUCAGCUGCGAGACUUUUCUCUGUGUCACUGGACAAAGAACGUUGAUUAUGCAUUAGAGGUUGUGUCGCAGUACUGCCCUGAUCUUUGCUCCCUCAAGCUUUCUUACUGCACAGGAGUGACAGCGGCGGCCUUCCGCAGCCUCGGUCUGCACAGCCGCUCCCUGCACAGCUUAAAUCUCCAGUAUUCAGAGUUCCAGGUUGAAGGACUCCUUGAGUAUCUUGAAAACCAUGGGAGCCAGAUCAGGCAAAUAUUGUUCAGUCAUGGACUAAAGAAUGACAGACUUCUGGCUGCAAUCACUCGGGGAUGCUGUCCCGAUUUGGAGAUGCUGGAGGUCAACACCAAGCUUGACAGUAAAGACUGCCAGCUUCCUGUUUGCAUCCAGGCACUACAGAUGGCAUGCCCUAAGCUCAAGACCUUCCGAAUGAUGAACGUCCAACCUCUUCAUAAGGGAAUGCGUUUUGGUAUCGACCCAACAUCAGGCUUCCCAUUACUGGAGGAGCUUUGUAUCGCAACCACAUCGUUUUCCUAUUUGACCGACAGAGAUUUGAGGGACAUUCUCUUCGAUUCCCCCAAACUGCGAGUGCUGGACCUGCGAGGCUGUUCUCGAAUCACAGCGUCUGGUCUUGCAGCUUUACCCUGUCUAGAGCUUGAAUGUUUGUUCUGGGGACAAUAUUUCAGCAGCCAUGUUGGGCUGUCAUCGCUUAAGAAAGGACUUCACACGUUGACCCAAAAAUGGAGUCGAACUUUGCAACAGCUGGACAUUGCACAUCAGCUCUUCACUGAGGAAGACUUGGAGUUAGCAAUGAGUUACCUUUGUCAAGCUGAGGCAGACACACUGCGCUCACUGAACUUGAGUGGGACCAGAAUUACACCACGUGCACUCAGGCCAGUCAUUGGACAAAUGACUGCUCUAGACUACCUCAACCUUUCAUCCUGCCGCUAUCUCCCAAGAGGUGUAAAGAGGAUUUAUCGUGGCCAAGAAGACAUCCGGCAGCUGCUGGACAAAUUGGAAUAGCUCUCACAUUCAUGUGGUUCCAGAAAUGAGAAACCAAGUUUACAAGGCAGACUUGAAUAUCUUAAUGCAGGCCUCGCUGUGGGUUAUAUUGUCUAAUCGAUGUGAAUAUUUUGCCCUCAGGACUUUUUUGAUAGACAUUUUUUCUGUCUGUUGUUGGUACGAAAUUGACAUUUCUGUGUUUGAAUGCAAGAAGCAGUAGUUUGCAAACCUGUUACUACUGCAUUAAUGUCAGGUGGGGGGUUUUGUUUUUUGUUUUGACAAUAACCAACACACAAUGCGUGACACCUAGUACUGUAUAUAGAUCAUUUUAUUUGUAAAACUAAAUAUUCAUUUGUGUGUAUCUUUUUUUUUUA